CACUAGCACAUUUUGAUUGUCAUCGUUUAACAGAUCCACAUUUAUAUUGAGAAACUCCCGAGAGAAAAUGUUUCGAAAUCAAUACGAUAGUGAUGUCACAGUAUGGAGUCCUCAAGGCCGCCUACAUCAGGUUGAGUACGCUAUAGCGGCUGUUAAGCUUGGAACUGCAACUGUAGGUUUAAAAAAUCGUGAUUAUGCAGUUUUGGUGGCUUUGUGCAAACCACCAUCUGAGCUAUCAGCUUCUCAGCGCAAAUUGAUUCCAAUUGAUGAUCAUUUGGGCAUAUCAAUUGCGGGAAUUACUGCAGACGCGCGUGUACUAAGUAAAUACCUCAGAUCUGAGUGUUUGAGUUAUAAACAUUCUUAUGGAUCGGCUUAUCCUGUUUCUCGAUUGAUUACCAACUUGGGCAACAAAAUGCAAACGACUACUCAGCGUUAUGAUCGUCGACCAUAUGGGGUUGGCUUACUUCUCGCUGGAUACGACGAAAUGGGUCCACAUAUUUAUAAAGUAGAGCCUUCUGCCAAUUUUUUCAAUUGUAAGGCUAUGACAAUCGGAUCUAGAUCACAAAGUGCAAGGACAUAUUUGGAACGUCAUCUUAAAACUUUUAAUGCAUGUUCUAAUGAUGAUAUUAUAUGUCAUGGCAUUCAUGCCAUUCGAAGUUCAUUACCAAAUGAUGAACAGUUAAGUAAGGAUGACGGUGCAUCCCAAUUGAAUAUUACUAUUGCAAUUGUUGGAAAAAAUCAACCUUUUAAAAUCCUAACCGACCAAGAAAAUUUAGUCUACCUAAAUAUGGCUAAAGAGCGAGGUACAACUAGUAUGCCAUCAAAACCUCAGGAAGAUGAUGAUAAUUCAUCAUUUGGAGAUCAACCUGGGACGUCAACUCUACAUGAUCCACAAGUCGCUGUUGCUACAAAGGAGAAUUAAUAUAUUCAAAGAUUGCAAUGUAGGUGAAUCAAUAAAGGUGUCAGUGCCCAAAUGUAAAAUA